AUGAAGUCUUCAUUUGCCGCCAGGCGCAAGCCCAAAAAGAUCGGGCAAAAUGAUGAGGAGGACACCGGCCCAGCACCAACCAGCACCGAGUCCGGCUCUGAACAAGAUGUAUCCAGUCGGACAAAGAAGUCCAAUGCGACAGGGCCCAAGAAGAAAAAGUCAGCUAUGCGUCUAUCGUUCGGACCUGGAGAAUCAAGUCAUGCACAGGAGGAGGACGAGGAAAUAUUUACGCCAAAGAAAUCGACAUUGAGCCGACAGGCAAUCGAAAAGAACGCCGCUCGGAAAGCACUGGGAAGAUCGGUCCCUUCCGAACGAUUGCCAGUUAGAUCAGGAAUGUCGGAAGAGCGCCCGAGCUACAGUGCUGAACACUUGAAUGAGUUAAAAAGCUCUACCCCAACGACGCCGAAAGAUUUGACGCCAUUGUCUAAGGAGCAAGAAGAGGUGGAAAAUGCGAUUGACAUUGCUGCGAAAUUUGGAUCUAGUGCUAUGGAGUCGACCAAUUCGAUAAUUCCAACCGAAGCCGAAAUCCGAGAGAAAAAGGAACGCAGAGCACGACUGGCACACCAAAAAGAUUUUGUCUCAUUAGACGGGGAACAAGAAUCAGGUGAUAUACUGCUAUUGCCCAGAAAAUCCAAGAAGGAUACAAGGCUGCAGAGAGAGGAUGAAGACUUGGGAGAAGGGUUUGACGAGUUUGUGGAGGAUGGCAGAAUUUCUCUUGGGAAAAAAGCCGAACGUGAACAGAAGGAAAGAAGGCGAACAGAGAUGCAAGAGCUCAUCAAUGAGGCAGAGGGCAGCUCCGAUGCUGAUUCUGAUGACUCAGAAGCCGAUCGCAGAGCUGCAUACGAUGCGGCGCAAACUCGUGCUGGCACAUAUGCAGACCACAAAGAUUUGGAAAGGCGAACACGGCGGCCGAAGACACCGCCUAAGAUUACCCCGCUACCGUCUUUGGAGGGUGCGCUCGGAAGACUACAGUCGACGCUGCAAGCUAUGGAGGCCUCAAACACGCAAAAGAUUAAGCGGAUGGAAGAUCUGCAACAUCAAAAAGCCGAGAUAGCCGCGCGUGAAGUGGAAAUUCAACAAUUACUCAAAGAGGCAGGAGAGAAAUACGAAAAAUUACGGAUCGAGGCUGGUCUUGGCAAGGGUCCAGAAGUCGGAUUGCUCGCUGACGGGCAAAACGGUAUGCCGCCAGAGCAAGUCAUCAUUCAUCGAGGUCUGGAGAGUAUGGGAACAACACCUGUAAAACCUGUUGAUGAUUCAUGA